UCAUCCAGAACACUCCAGACCGCCCCGGCAAAACCAACUGUACCUAAGGCAACUAGGACUAGGACUCUUCCAUCAGCAUCAUGGAUCACGCUGUGUCUCAUACCCCACAGAACCCGCGCACCUCGAUCCAUUCAUUCCAACUGAACUGAAGAACCUUGAAUAUCCCCAAUAUACCAAUAUCUCACUGGGCAAGCACAGUAAGACAGACCACCCCCCAGGGCCCGAUGGAAAAUCGGCACAGCCACCCCUUCCCCUGGCCCCCUCCAGUCUUACACUACCCAACCAGCAACAGCAACAACAACAACAACAACAACGACGACGACUCGAGAAAUAGUAACCUAAACCCCCCCCCAAGGCCGACACUACUUACAGCCUCGUCUGCCCGGCUACGGUCAACUCAACUCGUCCCUUCCAAGGGUUGUUUUACCCCUCCCUCCCUGCCUGUCAAGCUCCUCUUUUUCCCGGCCCCAUGUAUGCAGUAUGCAGUAGUACAGCAUCCCGCGACCAUCCUCAAACGUUGGGAGACACAUUGGCGAAGGAGCAAGUCUAGGCCCGGGGAAGGGCUGGAUGGACCCGGGACCCGACCCGACCCGACCCGACCAGACCCCCGUCCGUUGUUCGAGGCCAGUACCAGUACUAGUACAGCACGGAUCAUCCAUCCCAGCGAUCCCAGCCGGAAGCGGGGAACGGGGAACGGGGAACGGGGAACGAGGAACAUCCGCUAUUACUGUUACUUGGGAUGCGGCGGGAUGGAUGUGCAAGGGUAGCGAGGAAGACAGGGGAGUCGAGUCCGGUGGGCGAUCAGAGGCUAAUGCUCCUAACUAUGUCAUGGUAGUACCGGAUACAAUGCUGUGUUCCAAGCCCUCGUCGAAUCCCUCGACGGAUUCGAGCCGCGCCCUUCACGAGCACCUACACAAAUGCUUGGGAGAGCAGGCUAGAUCGGUCUAUGGGUAAGUGCAUAACGCGAUUGUGUGUGUAGCUAAAACAUGAAACCUAAGUCGAAAUAUGACCAAACGCCAGACCGGUUAUGCCCACCAGC